UCUGGAGACCUUGUUCCAGGUGGGAUGCUAUGGAAUAUAAUGAGAAGCUGGCUCGGUUCCGGCAGGCCCACCUCAACCCCUUCAACAAGCAGCUUGGGGCAGGGCAGCAUGAGCAGGGAGCUGGAGAGGAGGAUCUGGACGUCAGCUCUGAAGAGAUCCUGCCUGAGCUGCCCCCUGGGGAGCCUGAGUUCUGCUGCUCCGAGCGUGUGAUGGAUCUUGGCCUGUCUGAGGACCACUUCUCUCGCCCUGUGGGUCUGUUCCUGGCCUCUGAUGUCCAGCAGCUUCGACAAGCGAUUGAGGAAUGUAAGCAGGUGAUUCUGGAGCUGCCUGAGCAGUCAGAGAGGCAGAAGGAUGCCGUGGUGAGGCUCAUCCACCUCCGGCUGAAGCUGCAGGAGCUGAAGGACCCCAGUGAGGAUGAGCCAAACAUCCGGGUCCUCCUGGAGCAUCGCUUCUACAAGGAGAAGAGCAAAAGUGUCAAGCAAACCUGUGACAAGUGCAACACCAUCAUCUGGGGGCUCAUUCAGACCUGGUACACCUGCACAGGCUGCUAUUACCGCUGCCACAGCAAGUGCUUGAACCUCAUCUCCAAGCCCUGUGUGAGCUCCAAAGUUAGCCACCAGGCUGAGUACGAGCUGAACAUCUGCCCCGAGACAGGGCUGGACAGCCAGGAUUACCGCUGUGCCGAGUGCCGGGCGCCCAUCUCCCUGCGGGGCGUGCCCAGUGAGGCGCGACAGUGCGACUACACGGGCCAGUACUACUGCAGCCACUGCCACUGGAACGACCUGGCCGUUAUCCCUGCACGUGUUGUGCACAACUGGGACUUCGAGCCACGCAAGGUGUCUCGCUGCAGCAUGCGCUACCUGGCUCUGAUGGUGUCGCGACCAGUGCUCCGGCUCCGGGAGAUCAACCCUUUGCUGUUCAACUACGUGGAGGAGCUGGUGGAGAUCAGGAAGCUGCGCCAGGACAUCCUGCUCAUGAAGCCGUACUUCAUCACCUGCAAGGAGGCCAUGGAAGCCCGGCUGCUGCUGCAGCUCCAGGACCGACAGCAUUUUGUGGAGAACGAUGAGAUGUACUCCAUCCAGGACCUGCUGGAUGUGCAUUUGGGCCGCCUUGGCUGCUCUCUCACCGAGAUCCACACACUCUUUGCCAAGCAUAUCAAGCUGGACUGCGAGCGGUGUCAGGCCAAGGGCUUCGUAUGUGAGCUCUGCAGAGAGGGUGAUGUGCUGUUCCCAUUCGAUAGCCACACAUCAGUGUGCACGGACUGCUCAGCCGUCUUCCACAGGGACUGCUACUAUGACAACUCUACCACGUGCCCCAAGUGUGCCCGGCUCAACCUGAGGAAACAGUCCCUCUUCCAGGAGCCUGGUCCAGACAUGGAUGCCUAGAGUGCUGAGAAGAGCACCAGCCCCCCACCCCUGCCAUCUGGCAUGCACCCUGCUGGUGUUGCCAAAGAAAGGGUAUUCAUUAUGCUCCAGAGACCCCUGGGGCACAUCCCUUGGAAGAGAAGCAGCAGUGCCCACCAGGACCAUUGUUGCCUGGGUGCCUGCUGGGACCUGGGAAGCUGCACCUAGCUGGUACCCCGGUGUGCUACUUUGUAUGAUCUGGCCACUGUAGAACCGCUUGAGCAUUGUGGCCUGGGUGACUCACCAGGGGAGGGAAGGAGGACUUCUCAUCUCCUCAUGGCAUAGCCCUUGCUCCUGUCCAGGCAACCCUGGCCACUGGUCAGGCUGAGAAUCCUGAGGGCUUCAAAGGAGUGAUGAAUGAGACCUGAGAAAGCCACCGGCAAACACCCGGUCUCAGCUUGAGUUUUGUCUGCCAUGGUGUAUGGUUUAAGCUUUGCUCAGAGGCUCCUGUUAAUCCUAGUUCCUUUGGGGGAUCCUGGUGAUCCCUGUCUGAGGUGGUCACAGGUGUGUCCCAUGCACCUGCCCUGGCCUCCUGAGGUUCUUCUGAGUCCUCAGGCUAGCAGUCCAGUGGGGUUCUUGUUCUUUGUACAAUAGGCAGAGAAAGGAACAUGGGAACUCGGCCAGCUAGACACCCCAGCUCCUGCUCAGGCCCAGCCCACCUAACCCUCAGGCUCUGAGCUCGACAGCCAGGGGCUUGGCCCACACAGGCGUCUUGGCCUCCAGGUGCACAGCAGGGACAGUGUCCCUUGGGAAGUUCUAGUUCAGGCAAGAAGAUUGGCUGCAGUAGGCCUGGGUGGCAGACCUUGGGACCAAAGCUCUGUCUUGCUGCCACAGUGCCUGUGGAGGGGUUGGGUGGCUCGGAGAGAACCAGCCAGUGGCUUCUGGGUUAGGUGUCUGGGAGCAUUUACCAAGGCAGCUCUCAGCAGGAGGUCUGGAGCCCCUGCAGGAAGACCCAGCCCAGGAGGUACGCAAGAUCUUCGGUCUUCAGUGGGCCAUGCUCAACUCUGCUGUUUGCACUUUACAGAUUCCAUAGUGAGGGGGUGUGGGAAGGGAUGUUUCAGGCUUCCUAGGCUUUCAUCUCUGGACAGUGGAAGUUGCUUGUAUUGGUCCCUUUCCCCCUUGCCCUGGACUUGGCUGUUGACACCCACAGAGUGGGAAGAGGGAAAGGAACAUCACCAUUUGGUUGUUCCUUGCCUUUGGCCAAACCCAAGACGAGUCACCUCCACCAGCAGAUUUCCUGCUGAGUUUACUGGUGCAUUUGAGGAGUGGAUGAAACAGCAUCACCUCCUCCUUGCCUCAGGUGGUUUUAGGCAAGGCUCUUUUCUUUCUUGGUUUCCCCAUCUGGAAAAUGGGGAGCGUGGUAUUGGCCAGGUGGAAGGGAGCACUUGCAGAGUCCUGUGAGGAGUGUGAAGUGAGGCUUAGCAGCUGACCUUGCUGUUUCCCCUUCCUCUGUGCAACUGAAGAUGGGGUUAAAGCCAAAUGCCACUUUUCUUUACCCCUAAACUGCACAUUUCUCACCACUGCAUCAUAUCUCUGUCGUACAGAUGUUGCCAUUCCUGAAUCCUGUGUAGUUGACAUUGCAUUUUCCCAGUUAAAAAUCACUAUGUCCACAGAAAAUGUUAGGCAGGUAUUUGAUGGGACAAAGGGUUGGUCCUUUUUUCACAAUUCACCCAGGACCUUCUCCCCCAAUGCUUUUCUACCCAUUCCUAUGGAUGACGCAAUCUUCAAACAGCCAUAUGUGUGUCUUUCCAUCAGUCCACAGAACUGUAGGAAGACCCUAGGUAGGAACCAAGAUGCAUGGCCAGCACCUUAUAGAAGAGCACGCUGAAGGUGUCCCACGGCAUGGGAUACCGGUUGGCUGAAGGGAGGUCCCGUCGUAACUGCGCAGUCUCCUCAUUAAACUUGUUUUCUCUGGAUGCUUGUGUGUGGUGAAUCUGGAACAAGGCAGAGGUGGUUGACACGAGCCAGUGGUAGGCUUAGGGUUUGGAGGGAAGUAACAGUUGAUUGAGAGAAGCACUGAUGUUGGUGUUAGGGCAAAUCUGAGUCUGCUUGGAUAAUGGCUAGAGUUGCUUGAUUUCUCUCU